GCAUUUAAUAUUUCAACGUGUAUUUUCAGUUAGUCAGCGACCAAAUGUUCGUGAAAUCAACUUUGAAGCAGGCCGAACUCCAAUCGAACUUUACCCCCGUAUAUCUCUAUCAAUUUUCCUUCGAAGGUUACUUAACGUCGUUUCUUCCCUAUAUCGAAGGAACGGGAAGGGCUGGUCACGGAGAAGAAGAUCCGUACAUUUUUGCAUCGAUGCCGCUGCUGACGGAUCGAGAAGUGUUGGUCAGCCAGCAGAUGGUCAAACUAUGGGCCAACUUCGCGAAAACCUUGAAUCCCACUCCUGAUGCAUCGGACCCGCUGUUCAACCUCACGUGGCCGCAAGUGACCCCCACCAACAUUCAAUAUUUGGACUUUGACGAUCAGAUCGCGUUGAAACCCAACAGAAAGGAAAAAGAAAUGGCAAUGUGGAAUUACGUCUAUUACACUUACGGUCAGCAGCCUUUCAAGGGAUUUUAAGUUGUGCUGAAAGUAAAU